UGCUUUCUGAGGUUAAGGUUUGAAUUUCUUUUUCAAGGUUGUCUUUCCUAGGAAAACGAAAAAAUCACUUUGCUUGAAACAAAAUCGGCUCCAUUUCACAAAUUUCUAAUUGUUGUGCCAUGUGUUAAGAACCAAAAAUAAUCCUUUAAGAACUCAUGGAACAAACAGUAAAAGUCUUCGUCUCUCCGGCAAUGAACAGCUCGGAGUUUUUGGACUCUGUUACAACUGAGUCAACUGGAAACGAAGAGGUUAGCGCCGAAAAGGAUGAAGAUGUAUUUAAUCAAGAACUUCAGGCACUUGAAAACGCCGACGAUAAAGAAGAUGAAGACGUUCAUGAGGUUUUCAGGACAGCUGCAGAAGGUAUCGGAAACAACGAGGUCCACGCGAAUAAAGAAAGCAAUGAAAAGUCGUCUGGUUCUGCGAUGGUACAUGUCGCGAAAACGUUACAACUCGCGAGUUCAUGGCUCAACAAAACUCGUGCCAAAAGAACCGAAAACACGCCGCGCGUAGAUUCGUUCCUCGAAAAGCUAGAAAUGGCCGGUCCCUCGCAUGUGACACGAAACAGCAGGAAGCUGGAUUCCUCAGCCUCCUCGAUUGUGAUAGAUCCUUCAGGAUCUUUACAUUACUGUUGGUUGAUAAUUGUAACGAUAUCUGUACUGUACAACUGGAUUUUCAUCAUCGCGCGCACAGCGUUUUUAGACCUUCAGAUUAACACUUUAUCACUCUGGCUCACUUUGGAUUACCUCUCAGAUAUCAUCUACAUCGUGGAUAUGGUGAUACAAUUCAAAACAGGCUUCAUGGAACGAGGACUUCUUGUUCGAGAUCCGAAGCAACUCCAUCGAAAUUACACGAAGAAAAUAAUUUUUAAAUUAGACUGCUUGUCAAUUAUACCUCUGGACCUGUUCUACUUCGAGGUUGGAAUCAACUCGGUUGCUCUGAGAUUCAAUCGUCUUCUGCGUCUGCAUCGCCUGUUAGAAUUAAGGGCCACGAUCGAGACCAUUUCAAGAUUCCCAAAUUUUCUUCGUCUGUGCUCCUUAAUUGCUAUGGUUUUGUUGAUCUUUCAUUGGAACGCUUGUUUUUACUUCUUGUUGUCAAAAUGGAUUGGAUUUGGAUCGGACACCUGGGUUUACCCGGACUUAACCUCACCGGGUUUCGAUUCUCUAACCCGACAGUAUUUGUUUAGCUUGUACUGGUCAUCAAGAAUGCUCACAACGGGUGAGACGGAAAACCCACCCCAGACUGACGUAGAACUUUUCUUUGUGACGGUCGAUUUAACGGUUGGAUUCUUGGUGUUUGCUGCAAUAGUUGGGCAGUUUGGAAGCAUGAUAACACACAUGCUACAUGUGCGAAGAGAAUUCUUAGCACAAGCCGAUGCUGUGAAACAGUACUUAGUUUUUCACGAGAUUGACGACGAUUUGCAAAAGAGGGUUGUUUCGUGGUUUAAUUACAUGUGGGGAACAAAAAAGUCCUCUUUGGACCGCGAUAAUGUUCUCAGUAAACUGCCUCAUCCGCUUAGAACUGAAAUAGCAGUACAGGUUCACUUGGAAACUUUAAAAAGAGUACAAGUCUUUGCUGAUGUAGAGCCUGGUCUGUUGAAAGAGAUCGUUUUGAAACUUCGCUCGCAAGUUUACUCCCCUGGUGAUUUCAUCUGCAGAAAGGGUGAGCCAGGAAAAGAGAUGUACUUAGUGAGCAGUGGCCGACUGCAAGUUGUACAGGACGAUCAAGAAACUGUGAUCGCUACACUGAAUGAAGGUAGCUAUUUUGGUGAAAUAAGCAUCCUAAAUUUAUCAAACACUGGAAAUCGUCGAACCGCAAACGUUCGCUCCGAAGGAUAUUCAGAACUUCUGUGCUUGUCAAAAGAAGAUCUGCUCGAGGCUCUGACGGAAUAUCCCGAGGCUAGAAAGUUGCUUGAGAUCCGAGGAAGAAGGCUUCUUCGGAGAUCGCGAUAGCUCUAGGAGUCUAUGAAAGAGGAAACUUGGAAAAAAGUGGUUAUCAAGCAAUAUUUAAAUGCCGGGGUAAAGAUUUAGUGAUUAAGGAGAUUUAUAUCCUCUUCGUAUCACGAAUCACCGAUAUAUUUCUGUAUCCUGAAAGGAGACGGGUCAUUAUUUAUCAAAGGAGGGGGUGGGGUUGGUAAGAUUUUGGUCGUGCCUCGCUAAAUUAACCUGCCCCCCAAAGAGGCUCGGUAACAUUCCUACUAUCCUUCCCUCCCUGAUGUCUAUUCCUACUGUCCCUUCCUCCCUCAUGUCUAUUCCUACUGUCCUUCCCUCCCUCAUGUCUAUUCCUACUAUCCUUCCCUCCCUCAUGUCUAUUCCUAC